UCCGCCGACGCCACAAACAUCAAGAAGAAGAAAAAGGAACUGAACAGGAAAUAUUCAUCUGAAUUCAAAGCACAGAAGAAGAGUGGACAGGUGUGGAGGAGCCUGUCUCUGUCUCAUGGAGACACCUGGAGACGAGCAGGUGAGACAAAGUCAGAGACCAGCGCUCAUCGACCGGCGGCCAUCUUGGCGAGAGAAGACAGUGUGUCCUCAGCUCUGCACCAGCAGCUCCAGGAGGGACCCCCCCAUCGCUGCUCACUCCCCGGCUGCAGCACCUCUUGCUGGGCAUCAUGGAGCCUGGAGGCCGACUGCCGCUCCAGGUGCUCGGAGAGAACGAGGCGCUGCAGCAGUUCUUCAGUGGUCAGGAUGUGAGCGGUGUGUUGGACAGUUCUGUCGCCGUGGAUACGAGCAUCCUGGAGCAGUACCUCAGUAAUGACAUGGACCCCAACAACUUCAUGCUCCCUGAGUCUCCUCCCGACUCGAGCUCGGAGGCCUGCUCACCUGCACAGAUACCAGACUUCCACUACGAGCCACCCUAUUGGUCCAACCAGCAGACCACCCAGGGAGUGUUCCAGCCAACACAUCGGAGUGCCCCCUCUUCGUCCUGUUGCUUUAAGGAUCGAGGCUCCACCCAUGCCCACCAUGAGCCACUCACCCAUGAUCAGCUCCGCAGUCUGGGCCUCACUAACAUCAAGUCUGGGACCUCGCCUUCCCCUCUGCACCAGCACACACACCACUCACCUGAACACACACACUACCUGAGUCCAGACAGCUGCUCGCAGGUUUACACCCCUCCAACACCUCCUUCGCCUCCACAGCCCCCCUCGAACGGCUACAGAACACCUUGUACUGUUUCAGGCCUGGUCCCAAAUUUAGCUACACCUACUUCAACCUGUUUGCUGGGAUCCUCCUCCACGCUACACAACUACUCUCCAGACAGUAAAAAGAGGAGAAGAUCUGAGUCUGAAGAACCAUCGGCAGGAAACGAGGCUUCCUGCAGUGAAGGUGGCAGCGUAGGGAACGCUGUAGGUGGUGGUGGACCCUACCAGCUGCUGACUUGGGAUCAGUACAGGCCAGAACAUUGGAGCCUUUUGUACAACAGCAGCUACCAGACACUGUCUUCUCCCGCCUACCACGUCGACACAGAUAAAGGCUUCAUCUACUCUGCGGCUGACGAGGCCUUCGUCUGCCAGAAGAAGAAUCACUUCCAGAUCACCGUUCACAUCGGCGUAGCCGCAGAGCCACAGUACGUCAGAACGCCCAGCGGACCGCAGGUGGUCGACCACUUCCAGAUAAAAGUGUUCGGGGUGAAGCUGGAAUCUCCGAGCCACCAGGUGACCAUUGAGCAAUCUCAGCCCGACCGCAGCAAGAAGCCCUUCCACCCUGUCAGAGUCAGUCUGCCCAGCGGUAAAAUCACUAAAGUAACACUCGGCCGACUGCACUUCAGCGAGACAACGUCCAACAACAUGAGGAAGAAAGGCAAACCCAACCCUGACCAGAGAUAUUUUCAGAUGGUGGUUGGUCUGUACGCUGCUGUGGCGGGAGGAGAGACUUUUCUCCUCACAGCUCUGGUGUCAGAGAGAAUCAUCGUCAGGGCGUCGAACCCGGGUCAGUUUGAGACGGACGGGGACGCCCUUUGGCAGCGAGGGCUGGUGCAGGACGCCGUGGUCUGUCAAGGACGAGUUGGCAUCAACACCGACGCCCCCGAUGAGGCCUUAGUUGUCUGUGGCAACGCCAAGGUGAUGGGCGCCGUCAUGCAGCCGUCCGACUGCCGCGCGAAGCAAAAUAUACAGGAGGUCGACUCUGAGCAGCAGUUGAAGAGAAUCACUCAGAUGAGAAUCGUGGAGUUUGAUUAUAAACCAGAGUUUGCGUCCACGAUGGGAAUAGACCACACCCACCAGACAGGUAUAAUAGCUCAGGAAGUGAAGGAGCUGCUGCCGUCGGCGGUGAAGGAGGUCGGAGACGUCAGCUGUUCUGAUGGAGAGAAGAUUCAUAACUUCCUCAUGGUGGACAAGGAGCAGAUCUUCAUGGAGAACGUCGGGGCGGUGCAGCAGCUGUCGAAGCUCACCGACAACCUGGAGACUCGAAUCAAAGAGCUGGAGGUCUGGAACUGCCGACUGGCAAAGCUAAAGAGCCUGACGGGCAGCCUGCGCUCCACCGGGAAGCCGAGGAAACACAGCAGUGUGUCGAUGAUGUCGAGUCCUGACGCUUGUAAGACUGGGACGGCUCAGAAGAAAGGCUGGAGUCACAAGUACAGCCACUGUCUGCAGCAUAAAGUCUUCCAGGCCAGCGUCUUCACCCUGCUGGCCACCAUGGCUUUCUGCAUCAUCUCUAUCACCGUUCUGUACCUAAUAAAUUUGAAGGUGGAAGACGCAGAAGACUUCCCUGGUUACAGUAACAACAGUGUGUUUCCGCUGCAGACCACCGCGUGGACCAGUACAGUCCCACCGACCAGUCAACCCGGACCCUGGCCACCAGACGUGGACUUCUGUGAGCUGCUGUACUGUGAUCACAUGUACUGCUGCACUCCACCAAGGGGGGUCAGCACUGACUCCAGCAACACCCUCACUGAAUUAGCUAAAGUAGAAAAGUCUAACCUGACAGAAAGAAGAAAAGAGAAAUUUCAGUUAAAGCUGAAAAGAGCCAGCGACUGGACAAACACCACCAUCCACACGUUCAUAAUCAAAGAGAACCAGCAGGUGAUUGACAGCAAAUACUGCCUGAGAGACGAGUGUGGGCCAGGUAGAUACAUCUACAGAGUUCCCAUCAGCCAGUUUGUUCCAUUGAACAUGAGGGUCACCCUGCUCAUGAAUUCUACGGAGCUGUUGGUGGUUCAUCUGUGUAGCUUUGAUGAGUCCGAAGCCUGCACCGCUAUGCUGGAUAUGAACACUGUCACUGGGAUCAGAUACCCAUCAGACACACAGGGAGAACAUGAAUGGCCUCUUCAUGUGUCUCGCCUUUAUCGCAGUUCGUAUCACUUUCGCUCUGCAGUGGCGGGUAAAGCAGACUGCAGUACUAACCAUAACUACGCGGGGGCGCUCUUCACUGACUACCACUUCUACUUCUACAGACGCUGCACAGACUUGUAGAAACACAGUUCAGAUAUUAGGUAUUUUCUUCUCCUACACAGAGAUGACAAUCAUAGAGCUAGAGGCACGUUGUCAUCACUUCUGCUUUUAUGCGCUUUUGAGCUGCAAAUGCAUUUUUAUUGUGAUGAGUCACUUUUGCUGAUAGAUUGUACUGCAAGCUCCUCAGAUAUCUCCUUUUAUGCUCUUUUAUUUACUGUCUUUGUCGCUUUGUGAGAAAGUGUUCGGCUAGUAGAGACACAGAAAAAAGGUGAGCCCACAAUUCAGCUCAACAUCAACAUCAACAUCCAGCCCUCCGAUAAUUAACUUUCAAUCAAAUGUCAUUAGUCAGAUAUGUUAAUUAAUAAUUUUUCCCCAGAAGGUGUUGCAAGAUAAAUCUGGAUAAUUUUCUGCUACACAAAUUAUCUUUAUUUUUAUGGACUUUAUGAAACGUUUGCUUCUUUUCUUGUGAAAUACUGGAGUGUUUUGCCAACCUAUAAUGAGGCAUGGCUCGGUGAUAAAGACUCUGAGAAUAAUGGCUGGAAUUUUAUUUAUUAUUAUUAUUAUUAUGAAACAAAAAUACUGACUAAAUUGAAAAAAAAUCUUCAAUCUAAGACUCUGUGAAAAGGCAGUAAUUAAAUAGUAGAAUAACAAAAUAAAUAGGAGAGUUGUGUCUGACUGAUGCAAAAUGUUAAAGUUACUUAUUAAAAAAAAGGUGAAACUGUUAAAAUGAAUCUUUUCUAUGAGCUGAACUGAA